AUGACUGCACCUCCCCCAACUAUCAGCGUACACACGCCUUCUUCCUCUUUUGCCCUCAUACACUCGUUGAGUGAGGAGAACAUCGUUCAGCUCUUCGACAAACUAUCGCGCAGACGCAGCGAAUUCAGCGGAAAGCGCGUAGGUCCUGGAUGGGUUAAGUAUCACUGGAAUGAGUCUGUCUGGAAUCUGGACGAUGACAGCGACUACACUAUCUUCGUCUGGCGACAGAAGUCACCAUCUACCUCGAGCGCGGAGGCACCUCCCGUCACUCUGCACGUUCACGACCCCACGGUUCCCCUGCCUGAAUCUCCUAACUACCGCAAUGCGUCGUAUUAUCUCUUCCAGCAGUCACGCGUCACCUCCCCUCCACCACGUUCUGCACGCAGUACCAAAUCACGAAAGCCAACAAAGACAAAUAGCAAAGCACCAUCCGUCAGCGAUGAUGCUCUUUCCGGCGUUGCCAGGCACAGAAAAGACUUCGAACGUUUCCACUCAGAGAACGGUGUACGCACUGUAAUGGGCAGCAUCGGUCCCGUGGAGCAUGUGCGCAUGCUCCUCAAGAAUGGCUACCGGCAUGUCUAUAUCUCCCGCAAGUUUGCGCUGAAGAACGGCUUCAUACCAGCGGAUGCAGCACCGGGUUACUACGGUUACGGGGGGCUCGUAAACCUUGGAAAAUGGCCCAUAACAUUGAACAUUGCUUCCGACCUCGAGGAGACAAUUCAGCGAGAGAAUGGCAACGCGCCGCCCAAGACACGCAAGUCGAGGAUGGUCUCUGUCCCCGUAUAUCUGUCGGAGGAACCCCAUUUCGACGUUGUCCUAGGCCGGUCGUUCUUUGAGCGCCGGCAGAUCAAAAUCUCCGCGACUGAUCCAACGGAGGUCUUAUGCUUGGACACAGGCGAGAAGGUCGAGUGUGAGCUUGUUGUCCUCAAGGAUGGCAAAGGGGAUAUUGUCAUCAUAUCUUAA